UCUCCUCGUCUCCUCAUUACCGUGUGAAGCACCGUGAAGUAAUGAAAAAGCAAAAAAGGUGUCGACGGUAUCAGCUGUAUUAGGGGCAGAAGCCUAACCUAAAACAUUCUUAGACAAUUACCAAUAAGUUUUCUUGAAUAAAAACUAAAAAAUUAAUAUCCAAAAAUGACACUGUAUCAUUUCGGCAAUUGCGUGGCUUUAGUUUAUGUGCCGUAUUAUUUGACUUACAAAUAUUCAGGAUUAUCUGAGUAUGGAGCUUUUUGGAAAUGUAUCCAGGCUGGAGGAAUCUACAUAUUUACACAGCUGAUCAAAAUGCUGGCAUUGGCAACAUUUUUUCCUACAGCUGAAAUUACUGGACCGGAAGAUUUUAACAUUCUUGGAGAGUUCCUGAAAUAUUCCAUAGACUUGGCAGACUUGGUUGGAAUGCUGUUAGUAUUGAAGGGAAUUCCGGGUAAAGGACAUGCCAAAGUUUUGACAGCUGGAAUUGGUUGGGCUGGAGCCGAAGUACUACUUACAAAAUUUCUGCUCCUUUGGGUCGGUGCGAGAGGAGCUGAAUUUGACUGGAAAUAUAUCCAGAAAAGUCUUGAGUCUAAUAUCAGUUUGGUACAACACAUCACAACCGCAACUCUUGUGUGGCUGUGGUCACGACACGAUUUACGUCGAGGUCUGAUACCCGUAGUAGUUAGUACUCUAGUGCUAACGAUUUACAGACCUUUGUUGUUGGAAUUCGUCACAAAACUUUUGUUGGCUGGGCCUGGCUCAACACUUCUCAUCAAAGCAGUGACAACUCUUUUCAUGGGGUUCAUAACUCUCCAUAUUUACUCUGGACUUGCACAUUCUAUUGGUAUUUUUUAAGAUGUUAUAAUAAAGUUGAAUGAUUUCCAAUAUAA